AUGGAUCUCACUAGUGACGCAUUUAUAAAAGACUUGGAAGCUCUGUGUGUGCUGUGUGCUCGUGCAAGGGUGGUUGUUGCUGCAGUGAUUCUCGACGGGGUAGCCAUUAAAAAUUAUCCAAGAAUUAAAACUAUUGUGAAUAAAGUUGGAACCAUUACAAAUGAAUUUCGUGUGCCAGAGUUUGAAGUUUUAGCAGGAGAGCAUAACAUGAUUACAGAAGUGAAGCAAUAUGGUGCCACUUUUAAGCUUGAUUACAGUUUGGUUUAUUGGAAUUCAAGAUUGGAACAUGAACACAAAAGGUUAGUCUCAAUGUUCCAUGCUGGAGAGACCAUUUGUGACAUGUUUGCGGGUAUAGGUCCGUUUGCAAUUCCUGCAGCACAGAAAGGAUGCAUAGUCUAUGCGAAUGAUUUAAAUCCAGAUAGCAUUCACUAUCUGAGGAUUAAUGCCAAAAUCAACAAGGUUGAUGAUUGCAUUUAUGCAUACAACAUGGAUGCUAGAAAAUUCAUCUCCCAGUUGAUGGAAGUGCCAAAUACUGAGGCCACAUUAGAACACUCACCCGAAGUUCCCAUUUUGGAUGCUAGUCACACAUGCAAGAUACAAGACAAUGCUGAAUCAAAUUCUGUCAAGUUGCCCAUUUAA